AUGGGAAGCGUUAAUGAGUUCGCCUUCCCGGCUGGAGAUGAAAGCGACGCCAGCAACGACGAGUGGGACAUUGGCUCCUUUUCGGAAAACAAGACUUCUGGCAUAAAGGACUUAGCCUCUGCUGAGGUGGGUUCAGGCGACAAAGUCUCUGUGCUGAAAAAAGCCAUCAGUGAAGGAGACACAGAUACUGUCAAACAACUGUUGAACAAUGGACUAGAUGUGGAAACCAGGCUGGGCUUUGGAUGGACUCCUCUCAUGUAUGCCGUCAGUGUGGCGAACUGCAACCUGGCCAGGCUGCUGUUGGACAGAGGAGCCAGUGCCAAUUUCAGCAAAGAUUGUUGGACCGUACUCAUGGCCAGUUGUACUGCCUCUAGCAGUGAAGACAAAAUAGCACAUUGCAUCGAGCUUCUGCUGUCCAGGUCUGCAGAUCCCAACAUGGUGGACAGGUCUCAAAUGACAUGCCUGAUGUUGGCAGCCAGAGAUGGCCUCUGUAAGGUGAUAAACCUACUGGUGUCCCAUGGGGCAGAAAUCAACGUCCAGGACAGUAAAGGAUACACAGCCUUGUCCAUAGCAGUUCAAUAUGGCAAGGAACAGGCAGUGUUAAAGCUCCUCCAGCUGGGAGCUGACAAAACCAUAAGAACAAAGACUGGCAAAAGCCCUGCUAAUCUAGCUGAGAUGCACAGACACACUCAGAUAGCACGGAUUUUAGCUUCAUCUUCCAAACUCUCUGCUGUCCCAGCCUGCUCUUCUUCUAUGGAGGAGACACUAGCUAAGCUUUUUACGACAAACUCUGAUGUUCUAUCUUCUGUGGAAAGUGCAACAAAGCUUGAUGAACUUGAACUUCUCCUGCAUGGCCUUAAUCUGGGGUACCUCAAUGACAUCAUGACUGAAAACGACAUCACCUGGAGCUACCUGUUGACCAUGGAGAAGGAGGACUUUGAAAAGAUUGGCAUUACCAACCCAGUGGACCAGCAGAAGGUGUUGAGUGCUGUGCAGCAGAUGCACUUGGACAAAGUAGACCUAGACAAGAUCCAACUGGGAACUGAAGAGAAUGGGUGUGAAGAUCUGCAAAACUUCCUCCUAAGUGUGCGUCAUCAGUGCUGCUACCUGACGGAGAUGCUUCAGGAUGUCAUCAGCCGUUUCCCCCGUCAGGCCUCUCAGCUGGUCAUCUCUCUGGACCCGAAGAAGGAAGCCCAGACUGUCUGCAGGCAGCUGGUUGUCCAAACUAAAGACCUGCAGAAGGAAGUCAGCUGUCUCCACAAUCUGCUUUGCCAGAUGGAUGCAGCUAAGGAUUGCUGUCAGCUUCCUGAACCUGAUUCUCAGGAGAGAGUCUGGACCUGGGCUGUGACCGGAGUUGGUGUGAGCAUGCUGGGAGCUGCACUCUUCCUGUUCCUCUGCAAACCUUCAAGGGCCACAUGAACACAAGAAUUCAUGAACAUUAGAAUGAAAGGAUUCAUUCUAAUGUCUAAUGUGUAAGCUAUAUGAAACAGGGUUACAUUUCAGGCAUGGUUGGGAAGUUUAACUUGUCUUCCUUCUGUUUUCUUCUUGUAAUUAGUUUGAUUUUGCUCUUAAAAGUGUUUUGAGUUAGGCUGAUGGUUAACCAAGAGAUUUUGCCUCUGUUGCCAAAUAAAAAAUUGGGACAUU